UUCCGGCUGUCGGCCGUCGUGCUGAUAUAAUGGCUUCCGACGGUAUGGAUGAACGAUCCCCGCUGCUGUCAGCGCCGAACUCGGGGAAUGUCACGCCCACAGUCCCGCCGUACCUGCAGGACUCAAGCCCGAGAGCUGAAUUACCUCCACCCUACACGGCCAUCGCCAGUCCAGAUGCUGGAGGAGUUCCUGUCAUUAACUGUCGAGUCUGCCAGGCUCUUAUAAAUCUAGAUGGGAAGCUCCAUCAGCACGUGGUGAAGUGCACCGUCUGCAAUGAGGCCACGCCUAUUAAAAAUCCACCUACAGGAAAGAAGUACGUUAGAUGUCCUUGCAACUGCUUGCUAAUCUGUAAAGACACUUCUAGGAGGAUAGGAUGCCCCCGACCCAACUGCAGACGCAUCAUCAAUCUGAGUCCUGUGAUGGUGAUUCCAGAAGAGCAGCCGGCUCAACCAGCUCUACCCGUCCAGUCUGAGGGCAUGCGUGUGGUCUGCGGCCACUGCGGAAACACAUUCCUGGGCAGUGAUGAUGACUCAGUUCAGCCUGCCUCAGGUCUGGCUAAUGGCGGCGUCUCUGCUGUCGUCAAGUGGAUGGAGCUCCGAUUUAAUACAUUGGCCAAGUGCCCACAUUGCAAAAAAAUAUCUUCUGUAGGAAGUGCCCUACCCAGAAGACGCUGCUGUGCCUACAUUACAGUAGGAAUGAUCUGCAUUUUCAUCGGUAUAGGUUUAACAGUGGGCACUCAGGACUUCGCCAGGCGCUAUCAUGCUACUUACGUGUCCUGGGCCUUUGCAUAUCUACUGGGUCUUAUCGCUCUGGUACGGGCCUGCUACUGGGGAGCUAUUAAAGUCAGUUAUCCAGAGAACACCUUUGCAUAGACAAAACCUCAUCCAUCCUUUAAACAGUCCUUAUAGUAUUUGAUUUAUCCUGAUUUUACCAGGUUAACAUAGUAACAUGUUCACUCCUGUUACAAAAGCUGGAACUUCAGGAUCCAGAUGGUACCUGCUAACGUCUCUCUUUCAGAUCGAGAUAUGAUAUUUAUUGAAAUGAUUUAAAGGGUUAGUUCACCGAAAAAUGAAAAUUUGAUGUAAAUUUUCUCAUUGUUAUUGUUAUGUAGGUGACACAUAUGGAUCUAGGUGAUUUAGUCCACAGGUUACAUGUCUUUGAAAGUCAAAAAAGCAGAUAUCUGCAGCUCCUGCCAAUAUAUUGCGUUCUUACCCUGCAAAAAAAUAUUUCUUACUUAGUAUUUUUGUCUUGUUUUCAGUACAAAUAUCUAAAAAUUCUUAAAUCAAGAUGCAUUUUCUUGAUGAGCAAAAUGACCUAAGAAAAUAAGUCUAGUUGCACUGCAAAAAAUGAUUUUCAAUAAAAAAAAUUCUUAGUAUUUUUGUCUUGUUUU